ACGGCGCCUCAACAGCAAAGCAGCCAAGUGUUCGCUGGGAAAUCGUAAAGCUGGCCGAGAUCUGCCGCCUCGUGUUGUGCUCUGUUCUGUGCUCUAUUCUCUGUGUUCUGUGCCCAGCAGCGUCGCGCUGAUCGCCUGGAAUCGAGUGUGAAAUAUUGUCUCGAAGGAUAACAGAAAGAAUUCCUCAGUUUAGUGUUUGUUCUUGCGCGUUGUGGCGGAAAGUGAAGUUUAUUCCAUUCAAUAUUUCGUAACCGAAAGUUGGCAAGAUGUCGGUCAGACUGAACGAGACGAACACUAUUGUUGACCGGAUGGUCAACUUCUUUGUGGAGCACGAGGAUCUGCGCACAAAGAGCUGGUUCCUUUCGAAUGCCCCCGGACCACUGUUCACGAUCCUGGCUGCCUAUUUGUACUUCUGUCUGUAUGCCGGUCCCCGGUAUAUGCGGGAUCGCAAGCCCUUCGAGCUGAAGAACACGCUGCUGGUCUACAACGCCGUGCAGGUUCUCUUGAGUUUGGUGCUGUUCUACGAGGGCUAUAAGGGCGGCUGGGGCGGACACUACAGCUACAAAUGCCAGCCCGUUCCCUAUGCCACGGAUCCCAUCUCCAUGAGGAUGGCCGGUGCUGUGUGGCUAUACUACAUUGCCAAGAUCACCGAGCUGCUGGACACCGUGUUCUUUGUUCUGAGGAAGAAACAGCGCCAGAUCUCAUUCCUGCAUCUCUACCAUCACUCGCUGAUGCCCGUGUGCGCCUUCAUUGGAGUGAAGUACUUUGCCGGCGGCCAUGGCACUCUCCUGGGCUUCAUCAACUCCUUCAUCCACAUCAUCAUGUACGCCUACUACCUGCUGUCGGCGAUGGGACCCAAGGUGCAGAAGUAUCUGUGGUGGAAGAAGUACAUCACCAUCCUGCAGAUUGUUCAAUUCUUGAUCAUCUUUGUGCACACGCUGCAGAUCCAGUUCCAGCCCAACUGCAACUUCCCCAAGUCGAUCGCCGCCCUGCUGACCUUCAACGCUGGGCUCUUCACCUACAUGUUCAGCUCGUUCUAUGUGCACAACUACAAGAAGGAGGCGGCUGCCCAGGCCAAGCUGACGGCGAAAAAGGAGUAGGACUAGGAUUAGGAGCUUCUCUAAUCUGUAUAUUUACAUUUAUCAUUUAUGGUCCCUAUCCCUCUGCCUAUCCUCUUCCUCUCACCUCUCACCUCCCGCUUGCCCCUUUCCACUUUCGAAUCGAUCUUCCCUCCUAGUUAUAGAUUCAUAGGUCAAGAUGAAUAUUAUUCACACUGUAGUCUGUUGUAAGCUUGUUUCGUAGUAUUUCGUUAGUUUGAGGAAAACGGCUCAUUUUAUAUUUGAUCGAAACAGUCGCCAUUGCACAAUGCAAUUUCUUAGCGUUCGAUGUAUUGGGAGUACCCGUACGAGUACUCGUAUUGUAUGUAGUGUUUCCGUAGAACCAAAUAUUAUAGUUUAGUAGUUUAGCUAUUACUUAAUGGACUUGGCAUGCAUUGUUAGUCAAAGACAAAGACAAAACAGGGAACAGGCAAAUGGCAAAUGGCAAAACUCCUUUCUGAACUUUUGCCUGUCCUCCGACAACACCAUGGAUGGUCGGUCCUGUCUCUCGCUGUCUUUGGCAUGCACAUUUUAUAAAUAAAUGUUAUUUUUUUUUUAUAUUUUAUUUGCAAACAAUAAAAAAACAACAACGAUUUA